UUACUCUAAGACUAAGUCCGACAACAAGUGACCCCGUAAAAACUUUAAAUCUAUAUAUAAGGAAAACUUUGAAGCUAGCGUUCAUCUAUAAAAAGUGCAGCUCCAGUAUUAACAUCAUGUUACCCCUAGCUAGACACACGACGUCGCCAGGAAUUGCAACCCAGCUAAACAAAGAAAGGGAGCCACUGUGUAGGGUGUGCGGUGAUCGCGCUUCCGGUAGACAUUACGGGGUAGCGUCCUGUGAUGGAUGUCGAGGUUUUUUCAAGCGUUCCGUAAGGCGUAAUCUGCACUAUGCUUGCAAGGAAGGGGGCCUCUGUGUUGUGGAUGUCGCCCGCCGAAACCAGUGCCAAGCUUGUCGCCUUAAAAAAUGUCUCGCAGUCAACAUGCGUCGAGAAGGUAUAUCGGUUCAGCAUGAACGCGCCCCGCGUUCAGGUCCUCGUCGGCGACUCCUCGACUCCAUCUCGAAUUUGGCAUUUCCGUUAGCGGCUACUACUGAGCUGCCUCUCCCAUCAUCAGCAGUAUAUGCCGCCUAUCAGCUAUUGAAUCGGCCUCCACCUUCCCUAACGGACGCGUCACCCACAGCGAUCUCGUUGUGGUCGGAGACUGCAGUCGAGUUGGUUAAUACAAACGGGAAGGGCGCGGAAGAAGGCCAUACGCGUCAGGAGCUUUCGCUGUCGCCUCUUCAGGCGGCUUCACCGGAACGAGAUGCCGAGAAAUCACCAUCAAGUAGAGAUGGGAAAUCUCCUGUUGCCAGUCUACCUUCAGCAAAUCCGUUUGUCUCACACCCCGCUCCGGACGAGAACCCCCAGGAAAGCGCUGCAAAGCUAUUAUUCUGCACAAUGAGAUGGACCCGCUCGAUGCCAGCCUUUCAGCAACUGACUUGUCCGGAUCAAACCUUGCUCGUGGAACACUCUUGGGCUGAAGUGUUUUUGUGCACAGCUGCCCAAUCUCGCUUCGAGCUACCUACUCACGGUUGUAUCGUGAAUGAGCCAGCGAGCUCUGCUAGCCGUAAACAAUUACACAUUUUGCGGGAAACUCUUCAUCAGCUAAUCACAAUGGAAACGGACGAGACUGAAUUCGCAUGUUUAAAAGCUUUAGCAUUGUUUCGUCCUGAAUUGCCUGGCCUCUACGACGUGGCGCACGUAGAACGUGUUCAGGAACAGACAUUAGAGGCGCUAGCAGCUCACGAGGCGUCAAGGAAGAGUGCAAACCGACAGGAUCGUCAAGAAAAUAGGCAAGGAUCGGCGUCGUCUCCCGCAGAGGAUUCGCAACGUGGCUUGGCAGCAUUAUCGAUAUCGCGAGCUCAUCGUUUGCUACUCCUUCUUGGAGCUCUACGGUCCGCAAGGACUUCCCUUCUCGAAGAUGUGUACUUCCGCUCUACGAUCGGUCCAGUUCCUAUUGAACGCAUCCUGUGCGACGUACUACAGUCACAGUCUGCAUAAAAUCAAGUUUCUGCACCACUAAACAUGUUGAACUGUUACAUACAGAGCAGUAAUCGCGCUAAUAUGGCCUGCGCGGUUUGUCCUAGACUGAAACAGCGAAGGACGAACAUUUGGAAAGCACAUGGCGCAGCAAAUCAUGCGUACGGUCACUAGUAUGCUUUCUUCCUAACGAAAGAACGUAUAGUGAAACGCAUCGAAGAUCUAAAUUGUAUCUUUAUGCGCCGCCUCAGGUAAUCCAUUGGACACUUCAUUUUCGCACAAGCAAAAGAGCUUGAUCUACCACCACUAAAUACAUAGCUAACACCAAUCAAAUUGUUACUGUAUAGAGGCAAGCUAUAUACUGAAAUAAGACUUCACCUUAGCACUAAGCCCUUCAGGGCAUCAGCAGAUCAACGAUUUUAUUUCGUACAAGAAACCACUUAUCAAGGGCGACCCAUUAUUGUAGCUCGUAGUAGCUAUGAGCUGCACAAGUGGGAUAGAUAUACGCAUUGAUUGGGUAAGCUUGGUAAUACGACUUACGGUUAGAAUGAACUGAUCGCAAUAACCCGCAAUAGGGUCAUAUCGAACUUGAAAACAGUGCCCAGUAAUAGUACAUUUAUUACUGCUGUAGCAGAAUUCAACGUGGGACAAAUCGCACCCAAUAAAAAAAAGUGUUCAAUAACCGAGUUUAUUUAAGAUAUUCACUAUUGGGCAUUUGAUCUAAAGGCAGAUCAAGCUCAUUUCAAGAACGAUAUAUUUGUAUCCAAUUUUGUAUUUAUUUGUGAGAGAAUGGCAACAAAUGAACCACUCGAGCCGCGACCCUCUGCUCAACGAAAUAAACCUCCUUUAGGAUCAGCUGACCUUCAAUAUGUAGACAUUUUUCAACUAAAAGCUCAUCUAACUGAAUGAUUUUCAGCUCUUACGAAAAAGUAUGUUGUCAACGGUUUGCGGACAUGCGCAUGGACGUCACACUGGUAGCAACCACACAAUUAUCGAACAUCUUUUAACUUGAGGCUUAUUUUAUUCCGUAACUUUAGGGGAUUCGGCGUGUAGCAUAGAACGUGUGCUAUUUAUCGAAAAGGCAAGCAUGUUUUUAGCUCGUUGCUAGCAGAAGCAGUUCUGGGUUGCAGUAGUAAUACUGAUUAGAUAUAGUUACCUUUAAUUUUUCACGUAAUAAAUACGUGUACACUUUAUAUUAUUAUAAAGCACGGAGACCACGUAACAAUGUUA